UUCCGGUUUCUUCCGUAUCUUUCCCGUUCUCCUUCCACCCCAUAUAUGAUCUGAGAAACACCGACCGUUUGCGAUGGGGUUACUAUUGCUGAGAAACCGUCCCGCCCUCAUGUCGUUCGAUAAGAUGCCGCAGUGGGGAAAGGACCGCCCAACCCGGGAGUCGAACCGCACCCAUCCGGGUUCGAUCGAACCGGUUCGUCUUCCCAAGUUGAGUGCGUUUGACAAGAAAUAUGCGUUUGGGCACGCCGUGGGUUGGGCAUGCUCUUCCUCCUCGCCUCUCCAAUCUCGUGGCCAAAGGACCAAGUUGCUUCUUGCUGAAAUCUUAAGAAUGGAAGGCAGUAUGGCCCAGAUUAACCAUGUUGAGGGUGAAGAAGAAUAUGUGUUACUUGACUUGGAUGAUGUGUGUGUUCGUGCUGAUAUUCCUGCCAAUGCUCCCUAUGUCCUCUCUGGUUUGGAUACAGCGAAACCGGUGUUGGUCAUUGGCGAUCUGAAACUGAUUGGAGAAUACCAAGAGACCAUGGGAACAUGCUACAUCUUCUCUGAAGGUGAUGGUGCACCUACCGUGACAUGUUCUGAGACGAAGCCUUCUGAAACAAAUGUUUUGAAGGACAAACAAUUCCUUGAUUCAAAACAAGCUCCAUCAAAACAGGUCAAGCCCAUAGCUAGCCUGCACAAAAUUCUCAAAUUUAAGCUGGUAUCAGAGGAUCAGAAUGAAAUGGCAGAAGGGGUGACUGCUAGUUUUUCCUGAUUCUCUUGUUUUAGAUAUCGGUAUGCUCACUCUGUUAUACCUUUAUGACGAACAAUCGUAUGACUAAGCUUCCUUGAGCAUGUUCCUCUUGUUUGCUUUUGAGAGGCAUUAGACAUGUUGAAUGGAACUGGAAGGAAUCUAAUGUUGCUUUGACGAUCAUCCGAUUGGAUCGAAGCCCUGCCCCUCAUGUAUUCUUCUUCAUGGAUAUGCUUCCAGGGUCAGAGAUUUAUGCUGACCUUAGACACCGUCUAGUUCUUUUUCUUCUUUCAA